AUGAACCCUGGAAAUUCUGUGUGGCGGUGUUUUUGGCAAACCGAUGACGCCAACAGAUUCUCUCCUACGGUUAGGAGUAUGCUCCAACUAAAGCACCGUCUUGUGGACUUCAUGAGAUGUGAUAUUGGGAAUGGUGAGAACGCUUCCUUCUGGUAUGAUUCCUGGACUGAUCUUGGCCCCUUGAUUUCUUUCUUGGGUGAGAGAGGACCUCGGCAGCUUCGCGUGCGGCUUCAGGAUAAGGUCAUUCACGCCACUAGUCAUGGGGAAUGGCAUUUACCGGCUGCCAGAUCUGACCAGGCGCAUGCUUUGCAAGUCACUCUCACCACCAUCUCCCCUCCUAGCUCUGUUCGUGGAAUUGAUCAGUAUCUUUGGCGAAGUGCUUCAGGCACUUAUGUUCAGGACUUCUCUUCUAAGGCUACUUGGAAUGCUAUCCGGGUGCCGGCUCCUACUGUCUCUUGGUAUAAGACGGUUUGGUUCAAAGAAGCUAUCCCUCGAUUUUCAUCUCAUGUCCCUUUGUCGCUUCGUGCUGUUGAUGCUCUCAUCUCCUCCAGGACUGCCUUUCCUUCCUCUCGCCAGAAGUCAGUGUUCAAGCUCCUUCUUCAAGUCGUUGUCUACGCCAUUUGGAGAGAGCGCAACUCUCGCAUCUUCACGGACUCAUCCUCCCCUGUUUCAGUUGUUCGUGCAUCAGUGGACAGAAUGCUUCGGGAUCGUCUUCUUUCCUUCCCGCCGAGUACUGCAUCCUCCCCCUCCUUGCUUGAAUUAUAUUUCCAGCAUCUUGGUUCCAUUAGCUAG